AGAGCGAGCCGAGCCGCGGCCAGCUCCGGCGGGCGGGGGGGGCGCUGGAGCGCAGCGCAGCGCAGCCCCAUCAGUCCGCAGAGCGGACCGAGCUGGAAGUCGAGCGCUGCCGCGGGAGGCGGGCGAUGGGGGCAGGUGCCACCGGCCGCGCCAUGGACGGGCCGCGCCUGCUGCUGUUGCUGCUUCUGGGGGUGUCCCUUGGAGGUGCCAAGGAGGCAUGCCCCACAAGCCUGUACACACACAGCGGCGAGUGCUGCAAAGCCUGCAACCUGGGCGAGGGUGUGGCCCAGCCUUGUGGAGCCAACCAGACCGUGUGUGAGCCCUGCCUGGACAGCGUGACGUUCUCCGACGUGGUGAGCGCGACCGAGCCGUGCAAGCCGUGCACCGAGUGCGUGGGGCUCCAGAGCAUGUCGGCGCCGUGCGUGGAGGCCGAUGACGCCGUGUGCCGCUGCGCCUACGGCUACUACCAGGAUGAGACGACUGGGCGCUGCGAGGCGUGCCGCGUGUGCGAGGCGGGCUCGGGCCUCGUGUUCUCCUGCCAGGACAAGCAGAACACCGUGUGCGAGGAGUGCCCCGACGGCACGUAUUCCGACGAGGCCAACCACGUGGACCCGUGCCUGCCCUGCACCGUGUGCGAGGACACCGAGCGCCAGCUCCGCGAGUGCACACGCUGGGCCGACGCCGAGUGCGAGGAGAUCCCUGGCCGUUGGAUUACACGGUCCACACCCCCAGAGGGCUCGGACAGCACAGUCCCCAGCACCCAGGAGCCUGAGGCACCUCCAGAACAAGACCUCAUAGCCAGCACAGUGGCAGGUGUGGUGACCACAGUGAUGGGCAGCUCCCAGCCCGUGGUGACCCGAGGCACCACCGACAACCUCAUCCCUGUCUAUUGCUCCAUCCUGGCUGCUGUGGUUGUGGGCCUUGUGGCCUACAUAGCCUUCAAGAGGUGGAACAGCUGCAAGCAGAACAAGCAAGGAGCCAACAGCCGGCCAGUGAACCAGACGCCCCCACCAGAGGGAGAAAAACUCCACAGCGACAGUGGCAUCUCCGUGGACAGCCAGAGCCUGCAUGACCAGCAGCCCCACACGCAGACAGCCUCGGGCCAGGCCCUCAAGGGUGACGGAGGCCUCUACAGCAGCCUGCCCCCAGCCAAGCGGGAGGAGGUGGAGAAGCUUCUCAACGGCUCUGCGGGGGACACCUGGCGGCACCUGGCGGGCGAGCUGGGCUACCAGCCCGAGCACAUAGACUCCUUUACCCAUGAGGCCUGCCCCGUUCGUGCCCUGCUUGCAAGCUGGGCCACCCAGGACAGCGCCACACUGGACGCCCUCCUGGCCGCCCUGCGCCGCAUCCAGCGAGCCGACCUCGUGGAGAGUCUGUGUAGUGAGUCCACUGCCACGUCCCCGGUGUGAGCCCAACCAGGGAGCCCCCGCCCCACCCCACAUUCCGACAACCGAUGCUCCAGCCAACCCCUGUGGAGCCUGCACCCCCACCCUUUGAGGGGGGCCCGCCUGGCAGAACUGAGCUCCUCUGGGCAGGACCUCAGAGUCCAGGCCCCAAAACCACAGCCCUGUCGGUGCAGCCCGUGUGGCCCCUUCACUUCUGACCACACUUCCUGUCCAGAGAGAGAAGUGUCCCUGCUGCCUCCCCCACCCUGCCCCUGCCCCGUCACCAUCUCAGGCCGCCUGCCCCCUUCUCCCACACUGCUAGGUGGGCCAGCCCCUCCCGCCACAGCAGGUGUCAUAUAUGGGGGGCCAACACCAGGGAUGGUACUAGCGGGAAGUGACAAGGCCCCAGAGACUCAGAGGGAGGAAUCGAGGAACCAGAGCCAUAGACUCUACACUGUGAACUUGGGGAACAAGGGUAGCAUCCCAGUGGCCUCAACCCUCCCUCAGCCCCUCUUGCCCCCCACCCCAGCCUAAGAUGAAGAGGAUCAGAGGCUUGUCAGAGCUGGGAGGGCUUUUCAAAGCUCAGCCCGCCCCCCUCAUUUUGCAUAUAGGUCAGUGAAGCCCAGGGAGAGGCCGUGAUUCGCCCAAAGCCAGACAGCAACGGGGAGGCCAAGUGCAGGCUGGCACCGCCUUCUCUAAAUGAGGGGCCUCAGGUUUGCCUGAGGGCGAGGGGAGGGUGGCAGGUGACCUUCUGGGAAAUGGCUUGAAGCCAAGUCAGCUUUGCCUUCCACGCUGUCUCCAGACCCCCACCCCUUCCCCACUGCCUGCCCACCCGUGGAGAUGGGAUGCUUGCCUAGGGCCUGGUCCAUGAUGGAGUCAGGUUUGGGGUUCGUGGAAAGGGUGCUGCUUCCCUCUGCCUGUCCCUCUCAGGCAUGCCCGUGUGACAUCAGUGGCAUGGCUCCAGUCUGCUGCCCUCCAUCCCGGCAUGGACCCGGAGCUAACACUGGCCCUUAGAAUCAGCCUAUGGGUCAGGGAGCAAGGACCCCUCACCUUGCAACACACAGACACACGCACACACACACACAGGAGGAGAAAUCUCACUUUUCUCCAUGAGUUCUUUCUCUUGGGCUGAGACUGGAUCCUGCCUGGGGCAGCUGCCAGAGAAGCAUUGGAGGGAAUUGAGGUCUGCUCAGCCGUCUUCACUCGCCCCCGCGUUUGGCGGGCCAAGGACUGCCGACCGAGGCUGGAGCUGGCUUACAAGGGCUUACACAUGGAGGAAUGCUCCCCCAUCCUCCCCUUCCCUGCAAACACGGGGUGGCUGGGCCCAGAAGGUUGCGAUGAAGAAAAGCGAGCCAGUGUGGGAAUGCGGCAAGAAGGAAUUGACUUCGACUGUGACCUGUGGGGAUUUCUCCCAGCUCUAGACAACCCUGCAAAGGACUGUUUUUUCCUGAGCUUGGCCAGAAGGGGGCCAUGAGGCCUCAGUGGACUUUCCACCCCCUCCCUGGCCUGUUCUGUUUUGCCUGAAGUUGGAAUGAGUGUGGCUCCCCUCUAUUUAGCAUGACAAGCCCCAGGCAGGCUGUGCGCUGACAGCCACCGCUCCCCAGCCCAGGGUUCCCCCAGCCCUGUGGAAGGGACUAGGAGCAUUGUAGUAAAUGGCAAUUCUUUGACCUCAACCUGUGAUGAGGGGAGGAAACUCACCUGGGCACCUGGGGAGUGGGACAGAGUCUGGGUGUAUUUAUUUUCCUUCCCAGCAGGUGGGGAGGGGGUUUGGGGGCUUGCAAGUAUGUUUUAGCAUGUGUUUGGUUCUGGGGCCCCUUUUUACUCCCCUUGAGCUGAGAUGGAACCCUUUUGGCCCCCGAGCUGGGGGCCAUGAGCUCCAGACCCCUAGCAACCCUCCUAUCACCUCCCCUCCUUGCCUCCUGUGUAAUCAUUUCUUGGGCCCUCCUGAAACUUACACAUAAAACAUAAGUGAUGAACAUUAAAUAGCAAAGAAAGAAAAAUAGUACAAAGAGAUUUUCUGGAAAUACACAUGGUUUGAAUUGUUUGGGAUUGGGUGUGUGGCAGGGACCCAGGUAUAAUUUCCAAUUCGGUCAGUUCCCGCCCUCUUUUCCCCCACACCAAAAGGGGAAGUUUUAACAGAAAUCCAGUAAGUUCCCAUGUAUCACUAUGGGGUGAGGUGGGGAAGGAGAAGGGGCCCUUUGCUCCCAGAUCUUGGAGAGGGAAAGUGAAAAUGGCCAGGCAGGAAGCUAGCCAGCUGUGAACUUGACCAGAUGUCAGAAGUGAAACUGACCACAGGCAAGUCAGAGGCUCGCCAGGAGGGCCAGGUCACAACCCCACAGCUCCCAGCCACCCACAUGGCCUGGGAGACACACACACAUACACACCACAGAGAGAGAGAGAGAGAAUCUGGCUCCAGAUGGCCUAGCAGGAGGCAUUCGGCAGGCCUGGCCUGGAGUUAGGCAGGCAGGCCCCUCCCUUGUAGCUCUCGUGGGCAGGUCCUAACCCAGGCUCCUGACAGCCUGGCUUCGAGCCCGGCCUGGCCCAGGCCUGGGAGCUCCCAGGGCUGCAGGGCUCCUGGCCCUGGGCCUGUGCCUGUCUCUGAGGCUCAGCCUCAGCCCCCGCUGGUUGUUUGGCCAAGUCCUCUGGGGAGACUGGCUUGUGGUCACUGAGGAAGACAAAGGGAGGCUUGCUCUUCCAGUAAAAACAGCAAACAAGCCUGCCUGACCUCCAGAUCCAGGGAGAAGGGCCAACCAGGCCCAGCCAGAGUCAGACAAGGGUGGAGGGGAGAUUCUCUGUCUUCCAUUCCCCUCCUACGCCCCCAGACUGUGAGGGGUGUAAGGAAGAUGGAAGAUGUUGCGGGAGGGAUUCAGAGUAGGUAAGAGAAAUAAUCCUGGUACUUGGAAAAUCAGUGUGAUGGGAAAGACAAUCUCCGUCUUGAGCGAGGCUCCCAUCUAAUGAAGGAGACAGUCCCAGAAUUGAGGAUAUUCUAACCUCAGGAAGGAGGCACACCUCCUAUCCUAAGGGUGCCCCCAUGCUGACAGGGAAAUAUACUCUUUGACCUAAGAGUGGCUCUCCACUCUGCCCAGUCUCUUGUCUGGUGGGGGAAAACCAGAUGCUGUCCUGUGAAAUAAGGAGAACUCAAAUCCCUGCCUUCACCAGCCUUACAUUCUUGAGGGAGCUAGAGCAGACAGGCCCUCUAUGGUGUGUACUGCUAUAAUUGUGGGGGGGACCCUAAGCAAGACCCACCCAUACCAGGGGUCAGGGAAGGUUUGCCAGAGAAGGGAUAUGGAAGCUGAGUCUUUAAGGAUGAGUGGAGUUAACUAGACAGGUCGGGGGGAGAGUGCUUCUGGCAGAAGAACCAGCUCAGCAAAGGCCCUGGAGGGCGCCAGCACAGAGCACACGUGGCCUGGGGAGGCUCUAGGGCCCAGAGCCCAGAGAGUGAGUAGGAAGGUGAUCAGUGGGGCCUCAUUGGGGAGGGCUUGUGAAGAGACACGCUAGGGGGUCUGGACUACAUUCUUGGAACACUGGGGAGCCACUGGGGGGUUUUAAGUAUAGGAGUGCCAUAGACAGACUUGUACUUUAUUAUUGAUUAUUUUUUAUUUUUUAAAAUUUGAGACAAGGUCUGGCUCUGUCACCCAGGCUGGAGUGCAGUAGUGUAAUCUCAGCUCACUGCAGCCUCAACUUCCCAGGCUCAAGUGAUGCUCCCACCUCAGCCUCCAGAGUAGCUGGGAGAACAGGCACACGCCACCACACCCAGGUAAUUAUUUUGUACUUUUUGUACAGACGGGGUUUCGCCAUGUUGCCCCGGCUGCUUUUGAACUUCUCGGCUCAAGCCAUCCUCCUGCCUUGGCCUCCCAAAGUGCUGGGAUUACAGGUGUGAGCCACCACACCCAGCCCAGACUUGUACUUUAGAAAGCACUAGCUCCAGCUGCAGAGUGGAGGGUGCUGGGUGGAGCAGGGUGGGCUGAGAGGUGGGAGUCAGUGGCGGCCUGAAAUCAAGGAGGAAGCAUAGGGGUGGUGAGAAAAGGGGCUUUUAAAGAGCUCCUCAGAGCAAGGGGCAUGGGGUGGUGGGUAGGGAAGUGACUGACACCGUCCAGGGGCUCGUAGGAACAGGAGGGCUAAGAACCUUAAAGAAGUUUGAUAUGGUUUGACUUUGUGUCCCCACCCAAAUCUCAUCUCAAAUUGUAAUCCCACCUGUUGAGGAAGGGACCUGGUGGGGAGUGAUUGGCUCAUGGGGGUGGUUUCCCCCAAGCUGUUCCUGUGAUGGUGAGUGAGUUCUCACAAAAUCUGAUGGUUUAAAAGUGUGCGGGCCAGGCGUGGUGGCUCACACCUGUAAUCCCAGCAAGUUGGGAGGUCGAGGCAGGUGGAUCACCUGAGGUCAGGAGUUUGAGACCAGCCUGGGCAACCUGGUGAUACCCCAUCUCUACUAUAAUACAAAAUUUAGCCAGGCCUGGUGGCGUGAGCCUGUAAUCCCAGCUACUCUGGAGGCUGAGGCAGGAGAAUUGCUUGAGCCUGGGAGGCGGAAGUUGCAGUGAGUCGAGAACACGCCACUAUACUUUAGCCUGUGACAGAGCUACACUCCGUCUCAAAAAAAGAAAAACAACAACAACAACAAAAAAAACUGUAUGGCACUUUCCCCCACCGCCCUCGCUCUUCCGCUGCCGUGUGAAGAAGGUGCCUGCUUCCCUUUCGCCUUCCGCCAUGAUUGUAAAUUUCCUGAGGUCUCCCAGCCAUAUGGAACUGUGAGUCAAUUAAACCUUUUUCUUGGUUGGAUGCAGUGGCUCACGCCUGUAAUCCCAGCACUUUGGGAUGCUGAGGCAAAUGGGUCGUUUGAGGUCAGGAGUUUGAGACCAGCCUGGCUGACAUCGUGAAACCCCAGCUCUACUAAAAAUACAAAAAUUAGCCGGGCGUGGUGGCACAUGCCUGUAAUCCCAGCUACUCGGGAGGCUGAGGUGGGAGAAUCACUUGAACCCGGGGGGCAGAGGUUGCAGUGAGCUGAGAUUGCACCAUUGCACUCCAGUCUGGGUGACAGAGCAAGACUCUGCCUCCAAAUAAAUAAAUAAAUAAACCUUUUUCUUUAUAAAUUACCCAGUGUCAGGUAGUUCUUUAUAACAGUGUAAAAAUGAACUAAUACAACAUGGUACCCAAGAUUCCCUCUGCAGCACCCCCACCAUCACAUUGUAUAGAAAUCCUCUU